AUGCGGUCUUCGUCUAUUCUCUCGGUUUUGUCGACACUGACGCUACUUCUCGACCGCUCAUUGACAACCGCAACCCCGCUCGCAUUCGAGGGAAACGCCCUCAACAUCACCAUUGAAAAGCGAUGUGCGAAUCCUUGCGGCUAUGAUGGCUGGCUGUGCUGUUCCAGCGGUCAGACAUGUACAACCAACAGUGCCAAAGAGGCCGUGUGUUCGGAUGGCGGCGGUAGCGACAGCGGAGGCUACCAAUAUUACACCACCGUGUAUACACUGACGGAAACCGAUUUAUCGACCAUCACCUCCGUAUGGAGUAGCCAAAUCGCCGCAGCCACCAGCACAGGCACCUGCAGAGCCGACAUUGGCGAAACGAAGUGCGGCACCCGUUGUUGCGAGGCUGCGCAGGAGUGUCAGGAUGGUGAAUGUGUCGCCGAGAGUUCCUCCGUGGCUGUGACUGCCACCGGAGAUGGUGCUGAGGCCACUCCGGGUGUUCGAGGAACGAGCGACGGCGCCAGUACGGUCACGGCAACCUCCGCUCCCACGACGACCGAGGGCUUCACGGCACCUGUCGGAACCGAUGGGGCGGACUUGAUUGGUGCCAAAGCGUCUGAUAACGAUGGAGGGCUGAGUGGCGGCGCCAUUGCAGGAAUUGUCAUUGGCUCGAUCGCCGGUGCCUUCUUGCUGCUGUUGAUUUGCGCCUGUCUCUGCUGCAAGGGUAUGCUGGACGGUCUCUUCGCAGCUCUUGGGAUUGGCAAACGUCGCAAGCGAGACACGACCUACGUGGAAGAGCGUCACUCACACCAUUCACACGGAAGCCGGCCUCCUCCUCCUGGCCGCACAUGGUUCGGAUCCAAGCCGCCUAGAGAGGGCAGUGAUGUCAGCGAGAAGAAGAAUAGCUGGGGAAAGAUUGCCAUCAUCCUCGGGGCUCUUGCAUUGUGCCUGGGGUUGAAGAGACACAGGGACAAGGAUCAUGACGACAGCAAGACCGAGUCCUCUUACCCCAGCUCCUACUAUUACUAUUCCGACUAUUACACUGGAACCGGCACCGAAGUGGACGAACUCGAGACACACGGCGGUCCCGACAAUCGCGCGCUCGAUCAAGCCGUCGAUGAUUUGCACCCUCCAAUAACUCUUUGA